AGGAGAGGGUGGAGGACGCCGAGGAGGACGGAGAAGAAGAAGAAGAAGAAGGUGGCGAAGGAGGAGGAGGACGGAGAGGCCUCGCUAACGACGGCGAUCGUCCUCGAGGGUGCGAACCACCGACAGCUGCACCACCGCCGACGACGACGAUGAUCGUGACAGGCCGUGAUCGGCGUACAUGUUGGAGGCGGAGGCGCCGAUUGGCGUUGGUGACUCUGCUCUCCGCGGUUCUAGCCUUCGCGAUGGGCCCCCCGUUGUCCUCAGGCCAUAGACCGGCGCCGAACAACCCGAUCACGUUACACACCACCACGAGCAGCACGGUGCCCGGUCUAGUGCGGUUAAGUAACAGUACCAGCGUGUACGACAGCAAGAACAACGGUGUAAACGGUAUCGCGGCUCUCGACGGACAUAAUAGGACUAACGAUAACGAUACGGACGUCAAGAGGCCGCUCUUCCCCGAGGAUUUGUUCACCACCGAGCAACGGCGCCACGGCGCCGUGAUACUUCACAUAUUCGGCGUGGUGUACAUGUUCGUCGCGCUGGCGAUUGUCUGCGACGAGUUUUUCGUGCCGUCGUUAGACGUGAUUAUCGAGAAGUUCGACAUCGCCGACGACGUGGCCGGUGCUACCUUCAUGGCGGCCGGUGGAUCGGCCCCCGAACUCUUCACGUCGAUCAUAGGCGUGUUCGUGUCGUUCGACGACGUCGGUAUCGGCACUAUUGUCGGUUCCGCCGUCUUCAACAUCCUUUUCGUGAUCGGCAUGUGCGCUAUAUUCUCGCGUACGGUGCUGUCGCUCACAUGGUGGCCUCUAUUUCGCGACUGCACUUUCUAUAGCGCCAGUUUGCUCACCCUGAUCUACUUCUUCCGCGACAGUUACAUAUAUUGGUACGAAGCACUUGUUCUCUUUGGAUUCUACUUGGCAUAUGUGAGCUUCAUGAAGUGGAACCAGCCGAUGGAGAAAUUAGUCAAAAGGAUACUCUACAGGAACAAAGUGACCCGGGUCAGGUCUACCGAUCAACUGAUGCCCUCGCACCAGAGCGCCGCCCAGGCAUUGCAGCAUCCGAACGCAAUCAACAAUAGCGAGACGAGCGUGGGCGGUGCGUCGGGUGCGUGCGGAAGCAUCCCGGCGCCCGGGGAGGCCGGAUGCAGCAGCAGGGUCGGCAGCAGCAGCGGCGGCGGCGGCGGCAGCGGCGUCGGCACCGGUUCCGGACAAGGGUGCGAGCAAUCCCACGGGGGCUCGUCGUCUCACUCUACACGGGAGAGCCACGCCAAGUUCCGGCACGGCCUGCUGCAACUUAUGAUCCACACGAUAGAUCCGCUCCACGACGGUCAGUCCCGCGCCGGCAAGGUGGACGAGAAAGCGACGCAGCUGCAUGCGAUAGCGUCGCUGAAGGUGCUGCUGGAUGCCACCAAGCCGCAUAACGGCGCCGCGACCUCGACCGCCGCCCAUUACUCCGGCGCGCCCUCGAAGGAGACGACUCUGCAGCUGCAGCAGGGCUCGCAGGGCACCACAACCACCACCACGACUACGACUACCACCGCCGGCACCACCGCCGGCAUUCAGGAACUUCCGAACGGCGGUAUUGCCGCCGGUCUCGACGCUGGGCUCGAUUCGGGCGAAGAGGAUGAACCUCCAGAGGCCUUGAACAUGGGCUGGCCAAGCAGCCCGAGAAAAAGGCUAACUUACAUUUUGGUUGCGCCAAUCUUAUUUCCUCUUUGGUUGACGUUACCGGAUACGAGAACACCUAGAGGGAAGAAGUUCUUCCCGAUAACGUUCAUCGGCUCGAUCUUCUGGAUCGCCGCGUACUCGUACCUGAUGGUCUGGUGGGCAAACGUCGCCGGCGACACGGUGGCCAUACCGCCGGAAGUGAUGGGCCUGACGUUCCUCGCAGCUGGCACCAGCAUACCGGACCUCAUCACAAGCGUCAUCGUGGCGCGAAAGGGAUACGGCGACAUGGCCGUGUCGAGUUCCGUCGGCAGCAACAUCUUCGACGUGACCGUUGGGCUUCCGGUUCCAUGGCUCCUAUACGGUUUAAUCUACGGGAAACCCGUGGAGGUGAACUCGGUGGGCAUGGUGUGCAGCAUAGCGAUACUGUUCUGUAUGCUGCUGUUCGUGAUCAUGAGCAUCGCCUGCUUCAGAUGGAAAAUGAACAGGGGCCUCGGCUUCACCAUGUUCAUCCUCUACUUCGUCUUCGUCGCCGUCUCGCUGAUGUUCGAGUACGAGAUCCUGGUCUGCCCGGUGUAGGGGCAGCCAGGACAGCGCAGCCGCGGCAGCAGAGGUAUUAAAAAAACUUCCCUCCUCCUUCCGGAGGGGAACAAAAAUACGUCUGCGAAACGGACGCACACUUACGGGUCUCGUCAUCAUCAUCGUCAUCGUCAUCGGCGAGUCUCGGCCGGCGCCGGCGAGAGAACUCUUCCCCGCGCUCUUCGCCGCUUCGAAAGCCGAGGAGGAAAUCGCGCCAGUCGUUACCUUCCGCGUGCGCACGCGCGCGCGCGCAGACGCGUGAAGGGGACUCGACAGUACGAACGGCAAUAGCAGCACCAUCACCACCGCCACUAUCACCGAUCAUCGGGUCACAGCAACUUCGCGUUACCAGAUUACGAGAGGCGUUUUGCUCUAGUCGCGAGAGGUGUACAUAUUGUAUUUAAAAAAUCUUGAAAUACCUGAAACGAAAUACUCGUCUUGUUAAGGAUUAAACCCGGGCGCUCCACACUCCGCUCGAGUGCGCUACUUUAUUAUUUAGGCAUGGCGAGCGCGUUAGUCGAUCGUGCCAAGGACCAAACUGUCAUUUUAUAUAAUCCUUGGGAGGAUUUUUCGGCACAAACUUUUCAGACUUUCCUAGUCUUCUUCUUCUUCUUCUUCUUUUUUUCUUCUCCUUCAUUUUUUCUUCUUUCUCGUCCUACUUCUCGUUACUUACUCGAUAAGCGGCACUGUACGUGAGACAAAUUGCAGUUGAUUGCAGUACCGUUAUUAAUUCACUUGAAAUUAUUAUAAUAAAAGUUUACAGAAACCUGAUAUUCAAUAAUAAUCCGUAAGGACAUUUCUAAUUAUAAUCACGGGUAUCAUCAUCAGAUUCCGCUUCGUGCAUUUGUCGAAACAUGACGUUUUUCGAGUAUACCUAUUAAUAGCAAUAAUAUUAGAUUUAAAACGCGAUGUUGCCAGUAUACAAAACGUUACCGUAGAGGUCUUCUCCGUUUGACUCCUUGGCACGCUCACGUCCGAAUAUUAUACAUAACGUUAUCCCUAGAAAAAGUGACCUGACCGCUCGCCGGAUUUUUCUCUAAAGCAGGAAUUCUCUUCGCCUCCUAAUAUCGUAGAAUAGCGUUAUAACUUCUCACUCUGUUGUGUACUCACGGAAUUCAAACCUGAUGCGACGCGGUGUUCGGCGUUUCGUUUCGACGACGUGAAUCUCUGCUACAUACGCCGGGUGUACACACUUCAGGCAAGUCAUAUAUACGUAUUUUCUUACCAAAAUUAUAGUACGCUUUAUAAUAUAUUAUAAUACAAUAGAAUAUAUAUUAUGUGUUAUGCAAAAGAAACUUUUGACGCAAACGCAGAAAAUAUCUUAUUUCUUUGCCGCGUUUUAUUUUUCAAUUUAACAAUGGCAAAUUAUACUUUUGCCAAUUAACAUAAAAGCAUGUUUGAUUGUUUGAUCAAAUAUGCUCUACAUUCGUGAAAUUGCAUGAAAGUCUUCAACAGUGCAAACAGUGAUUUAUUAAAUAAAUAAAUUAAAUUAAUUAUAUGAUUCAAACACGCAAUCACGUCUCAAACCAAACAGUUGAUCGUCGCAUCGAAUUUUCAGCUUACGAUCGGAACGGAUGUUGCUGUUGAUACGUGAAUAAGAUAGAAUAGCGAUAAAAUAUGAGACACCGAUCGGGAAAUAGGCGACUUGUUUGCUGUUUAUAUUUCUUUCGCUUUCGCUUCGAUGAAUCGCUGAUGAAAAGCUCACGAGAAAUGAGAGAGUUGAUUAUUUCGUGCAAAAGAAAAAUGCGUUCAUCGAUGCGUAGCGUUAAUUUAGCAAAAUAGAAGGCAAACGCUUGUUUAAAUUGUCCGUUUGAUUCGAAAGAAAACGCAUUUCCGACCAAUUAAGCUUUCAUCCUUAAAUGUUCUUUAGGAAAUUUAUCAUGACGUAUUUGCUGUGAAAAGUUGCGCGGUAUGAAUCUUGGCAAAUUUAUUUACUUUACUGUGUAGGUGUGUAAAAUGAAUUUACAAAUACAAGGAAACAUAUAUAUCUCGUUCGCGUAAGACAUUUAGAUCCGAUUCCGAGCGUGUUUUUCUCUUAAAUACAAUUAUUAACUAUUACGGUAAUUAUAAUCUGUAAGCGGCGCAUGCGAUUGCAUGACUUUCUCAAGUGCUAUAGAGGAAAUUGUUGCAAAUCGUAUAUUCGAAGUGGUGCAUCAUGCGAAGAAUUCUAAGGAUCCACUCGAGAGUACUCGUGUCUCGCUUGUUGAUGCAUCUUACGCGCGAUCGAAUCUUCGCGCGAUAUUUUCUCCGUAUAUAGGAAAAAAAGUAUCGAAAUUGCACUGCAAAUAUUUGCACGUUGUGCGAGUAAUGUAUUAUUACUGGUACGCUCUUACGAAGCGAAAAGAAACAGAGACGAAUGUCGAGAGCCGUUUAGACAUUGCACUUUCCGUGAUGUUCCACAUUCAGCUUGAUAUACUCUCCGAGCAGUUAUUUUUUUGCAAACUUCUUUCAAGUUUUCGACAUUGCACUAUGACACUCUAAGAUACCAUUAGAAAAUAUUAUUAUUAUUAUGAUUGUUACAUGUACACAGUGAAGGUAAACGGGUAAUAGAAUGAACAAGAGUAUUCACACGAGUAUGUAUGUGUGUGAGAUUGGGAGAGAGACAGAAAAAGAGAACGAUAUAGAAUUAAAAAGAAGAAACAAGGGACGAAGAAACAGGAACAGGUGUAUAGUUGAGGUAUGGACAGAAUAGGCGAUUUUUAAUCCAGGUUACAGGGCCCGUGUGUUGUAUAAAGCGUUUGUAAAGGAUAUUGUUUUAAGGACAUAGAGAUAAUAGUUAUAAUGUGAUAUCGAUUAUAUUACAUAUGAAGUGAGCAGUGUUAUUAUACAUACCAUACGCAGUUUGAGAGAGAUACAAACAAAGAAAUAAUACUACAUUUUCGGUAGCCUGAACGCCUAAAAGCGGCCUAGCUUUUUAUUAAGCCCACAGCUAACGCAAAAAUUGAAUCCGCGGUAUGAAACAAGAAAAAGACCAUAAUUAUAUUAAAGUACCGUCUACGUUAAUCGGUGGAGCGAAUUUUAGAUUAUCAAAAUCACACGUAUACAUAUAUAUAUAUAUAUAUAUAUAUAUAUAUAUAUAUAUAUAUAUAU